CAGCCUUCCAUCCCCGACCUCGUCCGCCUCCGCCUCCGCCUCCGCCUCCGCCUCCCUUUCCUUUAACUGAAUCACCGGCAAGAUGUCGGAGAGGAAGCAUGAUCCCCAGGGCCUCUCGUUCGUCGACGAGAUGAGGGCGGCCUCGAUGAAGCUGCACCCCAAAAACCUGGCCAAGGAGGGCGAGAAAGAACCCGAAGGGCCAGCCGUCUCCGAGUGGGAGCCGUCCGUUUCAGGGUUCCUCCAGUUCCUGGUCGAUAGCAAGCUCGUGUACGAUACCUUCGAGGCCAUCAUCCGAGAGGACGCCUACUAUGUCGAGUUGAGAAAUACUGGCCUGGAAAGGUCUGAAAAGCUAGCAGAAGAUCUGGAGUGGUUCAAGGAUCAAAAACGUACCAUUCCUGAACCCUCUGAUCGUGGACAUUCUCAUGCUCGCUAUCUGGAGCAGAUUUCAGAUAAGGAUCCUCAAGCUUUCAUUUGCCACUUCUACAAUGUCUACUUCGCACAUAGCGCUGGCGGUCCAAUUAUCGGCAGAAUGGUGUCAGCAAAAAUCUUAGACAACAAGGAGCUGGAGUUCUACAAGUGGGAUGGCGUUCUCUCUCAACUGUUGCAAAACGUGCGCAGUAAGCUAAACAAAAUUGCUUCAGGCUGGUCUAGAGAUGAAAAAGAUCACUGCUUGGAGGAGACUGAGAUAUCAUUCAAAUACUCAAAAGAGAUACUUCGCCUGAUACAAUCACGAGCUGGUUAAAAGCAGAUAUUAUGUGAGAUCUGUUGUUCCGUUUUAAAUUAAGCGUGUAAUAAUUCCAUUCGCUGAAUAAAUGCUUCUCUAAACCACUCUGCAAUUUAAAGUUAUUCAAGCAAAAUUUGUAAAUCUAUAUCAGGCACUAAUUGCUAUGCAAUAUGAAUAAAAGAGAUGUUUCAAACUAAA